CUCGACUUGGACCACUGGCCGACGACAUAUAUCUGGUUGUUUUUUCGCGCCAAUUUCCCGCCGGCGCGCGGAAAUGCGCGCGCAUUUAACACCACACCACCGCGUGUGUGUACACGUGGGAAUGCAAUCUUCCCGCGCUUGCUGCUGAAGGGCAGCCUGUAACGUAAACGCAUCUUCUCUACACGCCUUGCAGCACGUUUUCGAACCGACAUAAGUGAAGGAGCGCAAGGUGGUGAGGAGCCAUGAAGUACAUCCUGGUCAGCGGAGGAGUAAUUAGCGGCGUCGGAAAGGGGGUCAUCACUAGCAGCAUAGGGACACUGCUGAAGUCCGUGGGACUCAAAGUAACCGCCAUAAAGAUAGACCCGUAUCUGAACAUUGACGCUGGGACCUUCUCUCCCUACGAACAUGACGAUGGCGGAGAAGUGGACCUUGACCUCGGCAACUACGAGCGUUUCCUUGACGUCACCCUCCACCGCGACAACAACAUCACGACGGGGAAGAUAUAUCAGCACGUGAUCGAGAAGGAGAGAAAGGGCGACUAUCUUGGAAAAACGGUGCAGGGUAAUUGUUCCACAUGUGACUGA